UCCAUUCCUUAUCUCUUUGUUCCUUUCUCCCACUUUCCUUUCACAUUCACACAUCUUCCUCUUUUUCCUUCUCAAGCUCUCAAACGCAACUCCAAUCUUGGAUUCAAACAGCAACAAGACUUCUCAGAUACCUAAAGGAGGACAAACCACAUGGUUCAACUAGAGGUCUUUACAACUUUAGGGAUCUACUUACGGAAGACAACCCGUCACAUAUAUAUUUGUUGAACUACGAUGUUUACUGCAGUUUUCCACUGCUUGAGAUGCUCGCUAACCUAAGGCGUGUAUCCAUCUUUGAAGCUUUUCAGCCAACAAACAGUAAUGAACUUCCAAAGAAGGUCAGAUUCACGUGGAAACUAGAGACGAUUGAAAAGACAGCCUCCUUUGCAAAGAAGUUGAGAGGUAGAUCCGGCAUUGAGAUCCAAGCCACACCAAUGGUUGUUCCACAUCAGAUUCAUCCAAAUGUUUCAAUUUCUGCUAAUGCUCGUAUUGGAGUUGGUGCCAGGCUCAUCAGUUGUAUUAUCCUCGACAAUGUUGAAAUCCAGGAAAAUACUAUUGUUAUUCAUGCAAUUGUUGGCUGGAAAUCUUCAAUUGGCAGAUGGUCAAGAGUCCAGAUAAGUGAUGGAGGCAGCUAUAUUCUUGUUUAAUACUCCCUCAAUUCACAUCUCUUUCACGUAGUCUAUUGAUGUUUUCUACCAUCAUAUAUCUAUCUGGUAUGACACUCGAAUUAGAGAAGGAAAUCCUCAACGCUCCAUCUGCAUGCAAAUAAUUUUUCCCUUGUGCUUUCGGUACCAACUUGAUCUCCCAAAAUCCUCAUUCAGUUCUAUAUCAUGUCAGCAUAUUCUUGCGGUGUCCAUCGCAUUUUGCUAGCGAUGCUACCAAUGUGAUACUGUCAUGUGUAGACCACUACCUGUUUAUUGUCCUAAUAUUUAUGUUAUGUAUGUAGCUUCACGCAAAUUACUGUUUUAGCCUGGACAAAAACUGCCUAUCUAAAUUUGUAGUGGGUAACUUAGGUUUACUCGAAAUGUUUGGAGUUUUAUCCAACAUUUUUCCUUUAUUAGCUUCGGGGUGUAAUCCUGUUACUAUUAUAUUUACUCAGAAUGUUUGGAGUUUUAUCCAACAUUUUUCCUUUAUUAGCUUUGGUGUGUAGUCUUGUGGCUAUUAUAUUUUUGAGUGUGUUAUCUUUAACUCUACACAAACUACAUGUAGGAUAUGGGGAGGAUAGAGUGUACUUAGAAAAACAAAAGUAAAAAUCUCAUUCAUCAUUAACACUAGGUUAUUUUUUUCAUCUAUUCUAGCCUUGGUGGACAAAGUUAUCUGGUAUCUGUUCCUGGUGGGAGAUGGAAGGUAUCCCGUGAAAUUAAUUGAGGUACGUGCAAAUUGGCCUGAACAUCAUGGUUAUAAAGAAAAACUCAUUUGGCAUUGAUCGUUUUAAUUUGGUUUAUAUAUUUAGCAUAAUAACUUAGAUGGUUUAGUCUAUCCUUUUGAUAAGGAAAAAAACACAUACUUGUCAUUUAUUUUACUUAAAACAUAUAAGUUGGUUAUAAAUUAAACAUCUAAACAUAUAAGUAUGUACAUCUACCUCCAAGGGAGGGUAAGAUGUGUGUAACUCUAUCCUUUCCAGACUCCAUUCUGUGUGAUGAAACUAGAUAUGUUGUUGUUGUUGUAUGUAAGUAUGUAUAUAUCAAUUUAUAGUUUUUUGGAUGUGUUAUGUGAUAUUUUAUGAUUACUAAUUUUUUGUUUCUAUGAUAAAUCAACAACUUACUUAAAUUUGUGAGAAAAGUUCAUGAAAUUUUGUUUUCAUUAUUAGACAGUACACACACUUGAUGUAAAAUUUAUUGAGUUAUCCCAACUUUAUGUUUCUCAGUUUUUUGAAACUCGCAAGUACAAGAAAGGAUGAUGAAAUAAUGUGGAUCUUUAAAUUUAUACCAUUUGUCCUCUUGAGGGCUUCAUCAUGUGACCAAAGAAUUUAGUGAUGAGAGUAUUCUCAUAUGCCUCGACAUGAUGAUAAUUUGGAAGCAUUCGUAGAAGAACCUACAAGUAAAAUGCACAUGAUUACCAUCACUAACUGGAAAAGUUCUCUUUUCCAUUUACCUAACUUACAAAUAUUAUAAGAGUGCUGAUGAAUUCGUCGGAGAUUUAUAUACACAAGAUGUUUUGAGAUGUUAACUAUAUUAUAAACACUAUUUUAGUGAUGCUAUGUAAUAAAAUUACUUAUAAGAAAAGAGACUAACAAUAAUGGGAACAAGAGAACAUGUCAAGUACUAGGGGGUUAGCUCUUUAAGAGGCUUGUUGAAAGAGAAUGAAAUAGUAAUUUCAGAUUCGAUAUUGUUAAACGCAAACGAACUAGAUAAAUGAAAUUCAGAAUGAGCAAGGACUUCAAUUA